CGGACGGACGUGGAACGUACGCUUUGAAAUGAAAGGCUAAAGGCUCAGGGCUCGGUGCGCUCGACGUGUCCCCUGCGCGUCAAAGCCGCUCGACGUUUCCUUUGCUGCCUAUGUGACGGACGACGCGCGUCAGAGCUCGCGGGGCUACGGCCGUGACUUUCGCCUUCACGGCACUCACUCACCGCCAGCCGCUCGCUGCGUCCGGAUCGUGGCAUCCAUCGCUCAAGAGACAACUUUUCUUUGGUGGACUGCGCGCUUUGGAGAGCGUCGGAGAUGCGGAUCUUCUCGAUGCGCGUUGCACUGGUGCUGCUGCUCCUCUCGCCGUGGCGCCCCGUUAAGCCAGAGGCAGGAACCAGCUGCACGUGCGUUAAGGACCGAGCGUGCUCCUGCGAAGUGGGUCAAAGCGUCACCUUAGAUAGCGGCGAAAGCACCGACGUUGUCACCUGGAAGAAGGAUGGCGCUGACAUCGCGGAGGGAAAGGCUACGUAUGCGGGUGGUGCGGGGAAGGAGAAAGCAACAAUAAACACCUUGGCCAAAGAGGACAGCGGGGUGUACACUGCAAAAUGGACGUCAGGAGGCUCGAUCACCAUUAAGUCUUUCACGGUGGCCGUUGCGCCAGUCAUCUGCCAGGCCAACCAGGUGUGCGCUGUCACCAAGGGCCACAGCUUCAAAUUACCUUCCGGCAUAUCGUCAGGCACUGGCAAAUGGGCCAAAGAAAGUACCGGCGUCGACGGCAAAAAAUUUGCAGAGACUGACCAGCACGAUCUGAUCAGCCAGGCUGACUCGCUCGCUGCCGGGAUGUACGUGGCCAUCCACGAUGACGAUGUUACCAAGAUGACGGCGUUCCUUGUCCAGGUUCACGACCCGGUCACCACAGUCAGCGUUGAACGUGUCGCUGCAAAGCAGGUGUCCCUCUCCUGCAUCGCAUCGGGGCCCUUCAAAGGACUCAAGUGGAAGAAGGGAGACACCGCUAUCACCGCUGGCCCGGACUACAAACUCGGUCUGAACAACGCGCAGCUGAUCAUCAAGGAUGGCUCAGCCAACCCGGGCAAGUACACUUGCGUGGCCGUACAAUUCGACGGCAGUGAGAAGGAGUCCCCAGCCUUGCACCUCAGCAGCGUUACCGACGGCGACGUUCUCCUCUCCAACCCCGGUGGCAAUCCAAGCGGUGGCGCUGGGGGCAGCAGUCAGAUCGGGCGCUUCGGUUGCCCCGUCCUACAGUUGUGCUCUGCUGGCGCUGUGCGUCCUGCCGCUUCAGCUCUACUGGAUGGUCUAGCGCCCGCCGCAGGCCCAUCGGGCCGUCUUGCUUUUCAGCUGCUGCUGUCCGCCGCGUCCGUCCCUGGCUAGGAGACGGACAGAGAGAGCUCCACCGUGGCCAGCCGGCCGGCUGGCCGGCACACCCGCAGCCCGCUCCGCCUCAGCGCCUCCCUCCCAAAGGCUUUUCCCCUCGAGGUGAUACUCCUCCACGUCGACAACGGCAUCGUUUCACACAAGAAGAAAUCGGUUCAGUUCAAAUUGAAAAAGAAAACAAAUGGCCCAAAACACCAUAUUGCGUUGCAUCGUAUAUCGUGUUGUAUUCUAUUGUAUUUGCCGCGCUGUUGCUUGCGUUAUUCACUCUUGAUGCUAUGGCGGCAUUGUGCAAGAUGACCCACCCUUGGGAAAGAGCGAGCUGGGUCUUGAGAGAGAGAGAGAGAGAGAGAGAGAGAGAGAGAGAGAGAGAGAGAGAGAGAGAGAGAGAGAGAGAGAGAGAGAGAGAGAGAGAGAGAGAAAGAGAGAGAGGGGUGGCCAGUUGCUUUGCAGCAUUGGGAGGGAGGUCGGUCAGCACACAGCGAGCCUGGAACGCGCCGCCGCCGCCAUGGCAGGAGGAGGUGAUGCUUGAUUAUUCAUUCAAGGUUAUUGGUUCAUUUGCUGGCGAUGUUUUCUCGCCGCUUGAUUUCUUUAUUAUGCUUGAUUUAUUCAAGCUUAUUUGCAUCGUGUUGUUUCCUCCCAUUCGGUUGGAUUGUAAUGGGCCGAUAAAUAAAGUUUUGAU